GAAGAAGAAGAAGAAGAAGAAGAAAAAAUGGCAGAGCACGUGAACAAAACGAAAUUGAUCCCACCGAUUUCGGAAUCAGAAUUGCCUAUUGACAUGCAAUUCAACGAAGGACAUUUACUGAGUAUCAUAACUUACAGCGUCUUGAUGGUGAUAUCAAUUGCCGGGAACACCACUGUUCUAGUCCUAAUUUUUGAACGACGUAAAACUCAUCAGUCUCGAAUCAACACAAUGUUAAUGCAUUUGGCCAUCGCCGAUUUAUUGGUAACUUUGUUGAUGAUGCCGCUCGAAAUUGGAUGGGCGGCGACAGUUUCUUGGCGUGCCGGAGAUUUAAUGUGUCGUAUUAUGGCCUUUUUUCGUGUUUUUGGUCUUUAUUUGUCUUCAUUCAUACUUAUCUGUAUAAGCAUUGACAGGUAUUAUGCAGUUUUGAAACCAAUGCAAUUAAUAAAUAUCAAUAAAAGAGAAAGAAUAAUGUUAAUAGGAGCUUGGAUUGGUGCAGUUUUGUGUUCAGCGCCUCAGAUGAUUGUGUUUCACGUUCAACGACAUCCAAAAUUUAUCUGGUACGAGCAAUGUAUUACUUAUCAUUUUUUAACUCCAAAUGUAACUGAAGAAGUUGGAUACUCUAUUUUUUCAAUGGUUAUGAUGUACUGCUUACCCUUGGUAGUAAUUAUCUAUACAUACUCCAGUAUUUUGAUUGAAAUUUACAGCAAAACAAGAGAAAAUUCUAAAGACAAAAUACGCCGAUCAUCGAUUGGAUUUUUGGGACGUGCUAAAAUACGAACAUUAAAAAUGACAAUUAUCAUUGUCGCUGUAUUCUUUAUCUGCUGGACACCUUAUUACAUAAUAAGUACUUGGUACUGGAUUGACAGAGAAAGCUUUCAUAAACUAGAUCCAAAAAUUCAAAGAGGACUUUUUCUAUUUGCCUGUACCAAUUCAUGUAUGAAUCCGAUAGUUUAUGGAGCAUUUAAUAUUCGUCGGAAUACUCAAAGAACAGUACGAGCUCCUACUAUAGAGACACGAAUUACACCAUUUACUUUGUCAGUCAAGCUCAUCGAAAACAAAUAA